CCUUAUGACAAUGUACCAUGCCUUCAAGUAGAUGCCGAAGAAAAGGAAUUAAGUAGUAAAUCUUCUCAAGAUGUUUACACAGAUUCAACUGGUAUUGAUUUACAAGCUUUCAUAGUGAAUACGCUGCAUAAGAAUAUGAAGGAUCGUCAAAUGUUAUUGCAGUUGGAGCAACAAAUGAAAGCCCUAAUUAAUGACUCUUCGCGCAAUUCUCAAAAGUUCCCCGCGAUGAGUUCGUAUAAUCGGAUGCUAGUCCAUCGUGUCGCUGCAUUUUUUGGACUGGACCAUAAUGUUGAUCAGAAUGACGUUUUUUGUUCUUUUUUCAAAUUUUUUAAAAUAAAAUUGGGAUUUUGUAAUCAAUCAACAAUUGACUUUCAGGGAAGGCACUGUUUAGGCAGCGAUCUUAUACCGGGCCGGAGGGCUCAUUCAUUUGAUUGUGAGUAUGCAGCGACAAAUGCAAUUCCAGCUGCAUGUCCACUUCCUGUAACUCCGGUACAAAUGGGUGUUUAUUCCGUUCCUGGCUCAAAUUCGUCUUCCGACAUUAUGGGACCGCAAGUAUGCAUGCUUUCAAAUAUUUUGAUGUUAAGUCAUAUUGAGAGUGAACAUUUGCAGCAUUUAUUAACAGUUUGCCUCUCUCAUUUACCACUUAUACCGGUAAUAAUUUUUUAUCAUCGAGAAAUAGUUGAUCUCUGUGCAGUUCUUGGUUUUUGCUGUUAUUUAUUCGGCUCAGUACUUCAUUUUCUAGCUAAAUUAUUGUUCUUUUAA